AUGACAGUGAGGAAACCCAUGGAAUGGAAAGGAAACCACACCACUGUGGCCGUGUUUGUUCUCCUGGGACUCUCGGAUGAAAGAGAGAUACAGCUUCUCCUCUUCCCAAUCUUCCUAGGAAUCUACCUUGUGACUCUUACCUGGAACCUAGGUCUCAUUAUCCUAAUUAGGAUGAGCUCCCAGCUACACACACCCAUGUACUUUUUUCUCAGUUUCCUGUCACUUACAGACAUCUGCUAUUCUUCUUCCAUUAGCCCAAAGAUGCUUUCAGACUUCUUAAAAGACAAAAAAGAGAUUUCCUUCUUUGCCUGUGCCAUACAGUAUUUCAUUAUAGCAUGGUUGGGGCUGGCUGAGUGCUGCCUCUUGGCCACCAUGGCAUUUGACCGAUAUGUUGCCAUCAGUAGCCCUCUGCAGUACUCAGUCAUCAUGGCCCCCAGCCUCUGUGGAAAAUUAGUUACUUGGGCCAGUUUGAGUGGUUUCCUUUGUAGCUUAGCUGAAACAGUCUCUUGCUUUCAUCUCUACUACUGUGGACCAAAUAUCAUUCAACAUUUCUUCUGUGAUUUGCCUCAGAUUGUUCCUUUGUCUUGCUCCAAUCCCUUCUUCAGCCAAAUAAUUCUUCUUCUGGUAGCUACUUUUGUUGCGUUUGGAACUUUACUCCUUAUCCUCUUGUCCUAUGGUUUCAUUGCAGCUUCCAUCCUGAAAAUGCCCUCAGUCAAGGGCAGGUCCAAGGCCUUCAAUACCUGUGCCUCCCACCUGGUGACUGUGACACUUUUCUAUGGCACAGCCCUCUCUGUGUACAUGCGUCCCAGCUCUAACUGCUCCCUGGAGCAGGACAAGGUGCUGUCAGUGUUCUAUGUCAUCCUUAUCCCCAUGUUAAACCCUCUAAUCUAUACUCUGAGGAACAAGGAGAUCAAAGAAGCCCUCAAGAGGAUAACAAAGAGGGCAGCAGGUUUAACUUUGUAG